AUGACGGUAGCCGUAGCUUCCACGAGUGCUACUAUGGGACUCUCAUCCGAACCACCCAACCUCGUGCUAAGGCCGACGACCGACGCCGAGAUCGAGCAACGACUUGCGGCGCUCGAGGGCGUACUGCGCUCAUUUGGAGCGGACCAUGUCACCCAAGCCAGUGCCGAGCAGCUGAGGAGACUAGUGAGGUUUCGGGCAUCAUCGGAAGAGAUGGAGUGAGUCUGCUGGGUGGCAGGAGGUAGGAGAUGGCAGAUGACGGUGUGUGGUGGGCGCGGGCGGUGCCCCACCUGCUGGAGCUGAUGCGUGCGUGAACCGCAUUCACGGACAGAUUACCCAAGCAGAUCCUUGCUGGCGUAUUGAUCUUGCUACAUGUUUUGCCGAAUGGGACACUAGGUGUGACGGUGGGUCCUCGCUCGGCGUGGACCGUGUGGGGCUCAAAUCUCCCGAAACGUCCGGGGUCUCUGAUGCUUCGUCUUGCAAUUCCCCCUGUACAGCUCACUACAAGAAGUGCCAAGCUUCGGGCUCACCCGGGGGACACGGCAUUACCUGGAGGCAAAUACGACCCGGGUGAUGCGACGAUUGAAGACAUUGCCGUGAGCGCUCAGUUUUCUCAACCUUGGCCCGAACGUCGUGACUCCCGACUUGAACCACUUCAAUAACUGACUCGUCACCUUACGAUGGACUAUCUUUGCAGCUCAGAGAAGCAAACGAAGAAAUUGGCUUGUCCCUCGCGACCCCUUCAGAUCUUUUGCAACUCACGCGGCUCCCAAGUUUUGCUUCGGCCAGUUUGCUCGUCGUCGUCCCCGUCGUGUAUCUGUACACACGCAAGGGACCGCUACCCGAGUGGGUCAAGAACGAGGACGAGGUCGAGCAUAUUUUCACACUGCCGUUGCAUAGUCUCGAUCCGACAAGGAGGACGUUGUCGUGCCCAGUCGAACGCGCGUCGACAAAGGCACCGCUUGAUACCGAUGCACCGACCCAGCCCCACGACGCGGCACAUUCGGAUGUGGAUAUUACUCUUGAAUACACUUAUGUCGACAUCCCGUGGUUGGACAACUGCCCGUACCGCCUCCGAUCGUUCGACUCGAACGCACUCCCGUCAAAAAUUUCGGGCUUGACGGCCGACAUCCUCUUGCUCCUGCUGAGGAUCGCAGACGACCGAGUGGGGUCCGAUCUCGUCGCACCUGGGGAGGGAGGCGGAGAAAGGGGUGGGGAGGAGGAUUGGCAUGCCUUUGCCCCGGGGCAAAUGGAAUGGGAGGACCUCGUCAAGAGAGCCAUCGCCGAGCCGAGGGGCCCGAAAGCGGCGAGGAUCAAGUAUAGUCGGAUUGUGGCGGGGAGUACUAGUCAGUAG